UUAUCAUCCGAUUUGUGAAAAAUAACAUGGAGACAUUUCUUCUACACUACUUGAAGAUAAUCCAUGUUUUUGCUUAAGUUCCAAGACUCUGAACCCGUGUGGUGACAUGUUUUUCCAAAACAAGAGAGGGCUUACUGUAAUAGAAGAUAAGUAUUACUUUUCAACGAAAACCUAUUCAUGCAUUUAGACAUCAAUCUGUCUAGAUGAAUCACCAUGACGAAACCCGAAACAAAAUACCACAAUACACACCAAACACCACCCCAUUCUCGCUGCACCCCCGCACAGCAAAAAGAAGUCAACAGAAUCAACAAAUGUGGCGACCAUUACGAAAUUUUGGGAGUCCAGAGAACCGCCACCAAGCCCGAAAUCGAGCGUGUGUUCAGGAAGGUAUCGUUGAAAGUUCACCCCGACAAGAACAAAUGUCCAGGAGCAGAGGAAGCUUUCAAGAAAUUGGCCAAAGCUAGAGAAACUUUAAUCGGUCCCCCGAAAAGCAAUGUGGGUGGAACAGAUGAAGCUCCGAAGCGACCAGAAGCUAAUGGUUCCAAUCGAACUUUUAACGAAGAGGAAUUUUUCAAGAAGUAUGAUGAAGAAUUUUUCAAACGUCAUUUUAAAGCGGAAUGGGAACAAAAUGAUGAUCGUCAACAAAAGACAAAUGGAACUGCGCAUAGGAAACAAAGGGAAAAUCGACAAGAUCCUCAACCAGAAAACACAAACCAGAAUGCCUACUAUUGGUACAUUUUUAUUGGUGUUGUAAUCCUCACUGCCUUAUACAAUGUAUCACCCGACGCCAAAAAGAGCUCGAAAGAUGUAGACACCGUGUACAGCCUUAAAUCCACUCGGCGUUUCUACGUCGCGCGACGUACUCUAAAUAAAAAAAUACGAUAUUACGUUGAAAGCAACUUUAUUAAAAGAUUAAGAGGUUUUUCUUUGGACGAACUUGAGAAAACCAUAGAAAAGGAGUAUCUGCAAGAUCUGGAACGUGCGUGUGCUGAACAAAAAAGUUAUUUGUUUGUUCGGCAAAUGUACGCGAAAUUCAAGAGUUGGAUCACGUUUGAAGAAUUCGACGAAAUAAGACUGCCGGCCUGCAAUAUGCUGAAGAAUUUUGACCACAGAUUUUCCAAGUUGUCAUGAUGUGUUUCAUUUAGGCUUAGGAGACAUAUUUUUGUAUUAAUAAUUGUUUGUGAUUUAUUUAUUUGUAUCGUGCUGCGCUCAAGAAUGCAAAACUAAAGCUGUGAUAUUUCAGUGGUUGUCAAACAUACAGCGUUUAACCAUUCCCACGACCAGACGCGGUCUAAUGUUUUAUUAUAUUGUAUUAUACAGUUUCAUAAGCACUGGAAUUGGGAUGGACUUCGCCGUUAGAUAAUUAUAUUAACAUUAUUAUUAAUUAUUAUUAACAACGCUUUAUUCAAAUUGAUUGCGUAACUUUACGAAAUUUCUGUACGUAUAAGUGACAAUAAAAAUGUAAACUUU